GAAUCACAUCUCCUCGCUCUCCCAGUCGAGCUGAAGAUCCAGAUCUUCCGGUCCUGCCCCUCCUUCACAUCCGCCUCCCAGCUUGCAAGGACCUCAAAGCACCUAUACGGAAUAUGGAACAAGCACCUCAACGCCAUCUACAGCGGUAUCGCGCCGGUCGCGAUAAAGGAGCACUCAGCGCUGUGCGAUAUGCUCAAAGACUUUGAACGCAUUCCUUCCGAUAGCCUACAGACCGAACGCGAACAUCUCAUCACCGUUGUCGAAGCUUCCUCGAUCGGAGGGGAAUUCGUCGACACGUACCACGUGAACAUGCCGGCCCAGCCAUACCGCGAUCCGCAGGUCCCCCAGACCCUAUCGCCGUCCGAAGAACGGCGCUUCGUGCGCGCCCACUACCAGAUCCUAGGCCUGCUAUGCAUCGACAAAGCCGCGCAGAAGAAGCGAAUCGAGCAGCUCGACCUCAAGACACUCUUCCUCCUCUCCGACUUUCUGUGUGUCUUCGACGUCAACGGCUCCGAGGACGAGCAGAUUGCGGAUAUGCUAGAGAGGGAUCCGAUCGCAUACCGGUAUUUGCAGGUUGAGCUGCGGCAGCGGCGGAAUAAGAUAUUUCGGGAGCUGUAUGGUCAUGGGUACAGGCCGCGGUCGCAUACCCCGUUUCAGGAAAACGGGCGGUACGCGUGGUGGUGUGAUCGGCAGCAAGAGAUGCUGAGGGAGAUGUUGACUGGAAGGGUGUUUCGCGGGGAGAAAGGCGAGGUUGACAUGUCGAAGGUCAGAGAUGACAUGUGGUAUGACAGCGACGCGGAGUGA